AUGCCGCCUUUGCAGCUGCUGCUUUAGAAAUAGUAAAUGAAGAGCUCACCCACAUAGAAGCCACUGGGGAUGUUGAAACACCUCAGAACCUCACCAGAACAAACUUUAUACAUUUGGAGAGACUGAGCAACAGAUCCAGAUAUGUUGCAAGGAGUUGUAAAGAGAUCAGGGACAGAUAUAAUGAACACGAAGAUGGGCUGUACUACCUGACCACUGCUAAUGGCAUGGUCUAUCAGACCUUCUGUGAUAUGACCACUGCGGGAGGCGGCUGGACGCUGGUGGCGAGCGUCCAUGAGAACAGCAUUUAUGGAAGGUGCACAGUGGGCGAUCGCUGGUCGAGCCAGCAGGGCAACAAUGCUAACCUUCCAGAUGGAGACGGGAACUGGUCCAACAGAAACACCUUUGGAACAGCAGAGGGUGCCACCUCGGAUGAUUUUAAGAAUCCAGGUUACUAUGAUAUAGUAGGAGAAGACAUGUCUGUGUGGCACGUUCCCAACAACUUCCCACUGGACCACUGGAACCUGGCAGCCAUCCUCCGCUACCACACCAACAACCGCUUUCUCAGACUGUAUGGAGGGAACCUCUUUCAGCUCUUCAAGCAAUAUCCAGUGAGAUACAAUAUUGGCUCGUGCAGCAACAGAGGGCCAGCUGUUCCAAUUGUGUAUGACCAUGGAGACAGAGAGUCCACCAGAAUGUUAUAUGGACCUAAUCCAAGAAGGGAAUUUGAACCAGGUUUCAUCACAUUCAGAGCAAUAAACAAUGAACGUGCAGCCAUGGCUAUCUGCUCUGGGGUCAAACCAAUCACUGGAUGCAACACUGAACAUUACUGUAUAGGAGGAGGUGGAUAUUUCUACCCUGAUCAGUGUGGGGACUUCCCAUCAUUUCACUAUGACAGAAUGGGAAGGGGGCAAGGCUGGAGCGCUUCCAAAGAGAUAACUGAGUCUGCUGUCUUACUGUUCUACUGCUGA